AUGGCGUUGCGUUUCUGCAGCUUCAACGUGCUGGCGCCCUCGGCGCGGAUUUGCGCGCCGUUGAAUCGAAGACCCUGGCAGGAGUGGUUACCGUUGCCGUUGGGCGGGGAGGAGCGCCACGCCGCCAUUUGCGAUUGCUUGCUGCAGCUGGAGGCAGACGUGAUUUGCCUGCAGGAGUUUGACUUCGCAGCUGGAACGCACGGAUUCGCGGUUUUGUAUCAGACACCCGGCUUUUCUGAAGGGAAGAAGUUGGGUGAAGUAUACGAGCUGCACAUGAAGCAAAGAACGGGCGACAAAAACGAAGGCUUGGCGAUGCUGAUCCGACGCAGUGCCUUCAAAGAUAUAGAGGUUUUGUGUGAAGAAUUGGAACCCGAUUUUUGUGAUCGAGUCGCCAUGUAUGCCAAGCUCACACAUGUGGACAGUGGCUGCAGGAUACUGGUGGCCAAUACCCACUUGACCGUUGCGCAUGCUGACAAUAGCCAUGACAUUCCAUUUUGUCGUCCUCGGCAGAUGGAACAGGUACUUCAUCGGCUUCUCGCUGCGCAAUGCUGUGACGCUGUGUUUCUAUGUGCAGACAUGAAUUCAGACCACUUGGAGCGGGAACCAUCCGGCCCCUAUCCGCCUGAGAUGGUGAACCGUCCCGUGACCAUGGCCUUCGAACAAGGCUUCGCUUCCGCCUUGCAUGCCAGGCAUCCAGGAGUGAGACCCAUCUCCCACACCUGCAGCUACGCGCAAGAUGGCUGUGCUGACUAUGUGCUCUUCAGGGGACACUCCGGACUGCAACUGCACGAGGCGUUUCUACAUCCAAACGAUUUGCCGUUGGAUGUGCCAUGGAGUAGCAGCACUGGCUGGGGAGACGAUGCUCAAGCGACGCUCUCGGAUCAUCGGCCAUUGGUGGUGGACUUUAGCAUUGCAGCUGCGCAUAACAAGCUCUGA